UUUUAUUAUUCGUUUACUCGUCCAGUCCGUAUAAUCCGUAUCCUUCUUCAGUCCAUCCACAAACCCACAUUCGCCUCAAUUAUCCGUGUCUCCUUCAGCCCUCGGCAUCCUCACCGCCACACCGACCGAGUCGCCAGUCAUCGGCUUAUUCGACCAGUCAUCCGACGUACUUCCGAUCAGAAAUUGAUCAGCCCUCACCGCUUUUUGUCACAAAGGCCAUUAAUCAACUGACGCUCGCACUUGGACGCCCAUUCACUUUCUAAUCGCAUUUCAUGUGCCGUUACUGCUCGCGUACCCGACAUCUCCAGUUCUGAAUACACACACUGGGAGGAGCUCGAAAUACACAUUGUGUGAUUGGGCGGGAACAACGAGACACAUUUCCCUUACCCUCGCGCCAUGCGUAUCCUUCGAGAUGAGGACCAACACGUUGCUGGACCCAGCUCAAGGCCAUACGUCUACCAAUCCAUCCCGGUACCUACGGUUUCACUCAGACCGUCAAUCCAAUGCUCAACCUCAUGUCCAUUUUUGGAUACAUUUCCAGCAGACCCGAUUGACGCUCGAAAACCACAAGUCACACAAGCUGCAAUGCGCAGAUUAAAUGGAAGCAAGCUGAAAAAUUGGGAAGUGACAAGACGGCAGGAGAAUGAAGGAGACUUGCAUGGGUCGUCAUCGUCCACGUAUAAUGAAAGCGUCGCUUCGACAUUCACUUCUGAUUACUAUCCUGCGACCACCGCCUCUUUUACAAAUUCAUCAUAUUCCUACAACCCAUCCUCAACCUCUACAUAUUCCGAAUACAACGCCUCAACUUCUCUUUUCAACGCCUCCGAACCGUACUACACUUCAAAUCGUACGAGCACAUCGGUAUGGUCAUCAAAAACGUCCUCAACCCAUUCCACCUCGACAAAACAAGCAUAUACCCCAAGCUUCACUUCAUUAUGGUCUUAUUCUGCCUCGAAAAAGACUGACACCGCUACUGCAUCGAAAUCCACGUCCUCUGCAUAUGUCCCGGGGGUGGUGUUGAAUAUGACGAUGGGGGGGACUAGUGAUACGCAGGCGGUGUACAGUGUCGAAAUGGCUUUUGGACAUGAUGACGAUAAUUCUAGACGAAAGAGGGCUUUUCGGAAAGGAGCUUUAUAUGAGGAGGACGGGAGUACCCAGUAUGUCAAUCUGCAAGUGGAUUUAGGAUCAUCGGACAUGUGGGUUGCCACCACCGACUGCUCAUCGAGCGAUUGUCGGAAUUCGCCGUAUCUCUUUGACAAUUCCCUCUCCCUGGAUUCUGGAGUCGACGCCAAUUUGACGUAUCAAUCUGGAUCUGUGGAAGGCACAAUAUUUUGGGAAGAAGUGAAUUUGGCAGGUUUCGGAAUUGGUUUCCAAGCUUUUGUCGGGGCAACCGAUGUCGAAAAUGAAGAUUUGGAAGGGGGGAAUUUCUCUGGUGUCCUUGGCCUGGCCUUGCCGGCCAGUUCAACAAUCCUCGACGAAAUCGGAGGUACGACCAGCUCCAACCCCGAUGGUGCUACUUUUCUCGAUAACCUGUUCGGUUCUGGGCCUUCAGCACCAAGUAAACGACUGUUUGCUCUCUCGCUCGAACGUCGACAGGAUGUCCGUACAUCCUCUACCUUUGGUAUCGGUGCUAUCGAUCCCACUUACUGCCCGUCGCCAUGUAACCUCACUUACACGCCCAUCAUCGCUCAACCCAACUUGGGCAGUACAGGCUAUUUGCAUUGGAGAGUGGAGAUGCAGGCCUUGACGGUCACGACUUUUAGCAAUGAGCAGAGUGGGACAGGAGCGACGACAAAACGUAUAGCGCUGGGUGCGAGCAAAGUUUAUCCAUCAAGAAACUAUCCGUUGGCUGUGCUGGAUUCAGGUGGUGUACAGAUCUUAGUUUCGAGCAGGUCGUAUGCGGAUUCGAUAUACUCUGCUUUUGGUAUCACCUCAAGCUCUGAUGGACUUUAUCGUAUGCGUUGUACUCAGCAGCUCGCUUUGACGUUUACGAUCGCCGGGCAGGAGAUACCAGUCCACCCACUUGAUAUGACAUAUGCGGACCCGGCGGAUAUGAGUCAAAAGACGUGCAUCGGGAUGAUCCAGUAUUCAGAUAACUUGGGUGACUCUGGCGAUUUUAUCCUAGGGAGCUCGUUCUUGAAAAAUGUCUACUCUGUCUACCGCUAUCCCGAUACAGAGAAGCACAAAACUUGGCAACCCACUGUCGGACUUGUACCUUUGACCAACGCUUCCGUCGCCUCGCAAGACUUUUACUCUGUCCGAGUCCUGCACGAAUCCCUCGGCACCGUGUCGUCCGACCAAGCCCAGUCGAGUAGUGGUGGUUCCUCUUCAACCAACUCUGGCGGUAGCAACGCUUCAGAAGGCGAUACAAGCAAACGAGCCAUUUCCUCCGCUGUUAUUGCAGUUAUCAGCGUGAUUGGCUUUUUUGUGCUUGCAGCUGCAGCGUUUUGCGCGUGGUGGUUCUGGCUCCGACGCAAGUUUGGUGCAUCAGGAGUAGUAGAGUACCAGACUGCUGGACGAAGACGACGACCGAGUCCUCAAGGACGAAAUUCAGAUCACAGCACGUCUACGCUUCGAAGCAGGAAACACGUUGAUACCCUCCGACAGAAGAGUAUGAUUGAGGGAUACGAUAUCUAUAAUGACCAGGAGUCGUGGGUCAGCGGUACCGAGGGUGCAGAUUCGAUUCGUUUGGGAUACAUCCCCGAAGCAUUGGAAGAAGAGGAAGAAGGCGGUGGCAUGGAAGGUACCGGUCGCCGUUCUUCCCGAGGGAGCUCUAUAGCGAGAUCGCUAGCGAGCAAGAGUGUUGGUGGCGAAGACGAAGGAGCAGGCGUUACUCUUGUGGAUAACGUCGACCCACUUUCUCCUGGGGUUGAGAGCACAACGCCAGGUACUCGCGGGCGAUCACCUGGUCGGACGAGCGCAGGCGCAGGCGCGAGCGCGAGCACCUCUUAUUCGCCAUUCGUUGACCCACCUACAUCCAGCGCCUCUGAUUCUUUCCCCGCCACAGGGCCAGCAACCACAGGUCCAUAUCCUUCCCCUCUCCCGUCGUCAUAUCCGAAAUCACAUUCCCAUUCGCAUAAUAAGAGUCCUUCCUUGGGCAUGUCUGGACCCUUCCCCAGUCCGCCCAGCAACCGAUUCUCGACGAUGAACCUUGAUUCUUCGCCAAUGUAUGAUAUCAGAACGAGCGAUUACUUCAGCGUGCCUGGGGCGCAGCGAGGUAAAGAUGGGAAGAGGUCGUCGAGCUCGACGACUGGAAGGGAGAAUGGUCAUAGGAUGGCCAGCCCCAGCAAGGCGUCGGGCAGGGGGUUGAUGGACAAUACGCUUGUGGAAGAGCCGGGAGACGAGGAGGAAAAUCAAAAGGAGAGCAAAUAAAAAAAAAGGAAGAGGGAAGAAUUGACAAGGAAGAAAGUAAACGAACACUGAAUCUGUGAGAUAUGCCCGACUGAGUCUGGUUUCAUUUAAUCGAACUUUUGGGGUUUCGCAUCUAUUUUAACAGGCAGGUUUUUGGGAUUUUUCAGGCGAUCACAAGAAGAAAAAAAAAAAGGCAACAAGAAUACAUGGACUUUAUUGUAGCUGUAGGACAAGUUUUAUAUGUAUGUAUAAUCGACAGAAGGGAACGAUAAGAAAUCCCUCCAUCUGACAGUCUUUUAGCUUUGGACAAUCUUCAUAGUAAUAUAGCUCGCAGUGUAUAAUCCAUGCAACUUUUAUACAUCUCGG